UACCUACCGUCACGGAUGACGUCAUCCCUGUACUAGUGACUGCUGUUAUCAAGAUGGCGCUGCGGCCAGGAUCUGGGGGAGGCAGCAGUUUUAUGUAUCCUGUUGGAGGGGGCCUGGGACCGCAACAAGGCAUGGUUCCCAUGCAGCAACAGCAGCAGCAGCAACAGCAGGGCUUCCCCAUGGUUCCUGUCAUGCAGGCAAACAUGCAAGGCAUGAUGGGAAUGAACUUUGGGGGACAGAUGCCCCCGGGGGCCAUGCCGAUGCAGGGUGGGAUGGCUAUCGGCAUGCAGACCCCUGGGAUGCAGUUCCUGGGUCAGCCACAGUUUAUGGGGAUGAGACCAGCUGGACCUCAAUUCACUGCUGACAUGCAGAAACAAAUGGCUGAGGAGCACCAAAAGCGUCUGGAGCAGCAGCAGAAGAUGCUGGAGGAGGACAGGAAAAGAAGACAGUUUGAGGAGCAGAAGCAGAAGCUGAGGUUACUCAGCAGCGUCAAACCCAAGACAGGAGAAAAGAGCCGUGAUGACGCCUUAGAGGCAAUCAAAGGCAACCUGGACGGCUUCAGCAGAGAUGCUAAGAUGCACCCGACUCCAUCAUCACAGACCAAGAAGCCAGACUCAUCGCCAUCACACCCGUCUGUCGCCACUCACUCCCUCCCCCCAGCAUUGUCCGAGGACAAUGACGAGUUUAGUGACUUUCAGGGGCCUGUAGAUGCCCCCGCCUCCUUUCCUCCACCCUCCUCCUCCUCCUCCACUGCUUCUUCAGCCUCCGGCUUCUCUUCUCACCCACCCGUCCAGCCCUCGUCCUCUGCCCUCAAGACAGGUUUUCCUGCGGAGGAUGACGAGUUUAGUGACUUUGUUCAGAGUCCCUUAAACGCUUCCUCCAACACCCAAAACCAACCUUCGUCCCCUUCUCUGAGGGCAGGUCUGUCCUCCUCCUCAUCCUCAUCCUCCCUCCCUACCUCUGUGUCCAUUCCCACUGUCACCCAAAACUCUGCUGUCAACACCAGCUCCCAAUCUACAUUUCAAGGCCCAUCCCUGGAAGAGAAGCUUUUCUCCUCAUGUGAUCUUACUGCUGAUAAGACUGCCCAGGUUAGCUUUAAGGCCAAGCAGAGUUUGGCUAAAAUGGGUCCGAGAACCAGAGUCUCGACCCAGUUUCAGCCCAGCAUUAAAGCCAGGAACUGGGCUGAGGCCCCUCAGGACUUGAGUUCUGUUUUCGUCCAAGAAAAGCUACCUGAGGCCCCGAUGCCGGCACCCAGCGCCCCACCAUCAGCUGCUGACUCAUCUCCUCUGAGCGGUAGCGACAGUGCAGGUGUUGGCGUUUACCCACAACAAGAGCACAUCCAGCCCAUGCUGCCCGCCUGGAUUUACAACGACAGCCUCGUCCCAGAAAUGUUCAAGAAAGUUUUUGAAUUCACCAUGACGCCGGCAGGGAUAGACACAGCCAAGCUUUACCCCAUCCUGAUGUCGUCAGGUCUUCCAAGAGAAGCUCUGGGGCAGAUCUGGGCGUCCGCCAACCGCACAACACCUGGCAUGCUGACCAAGGAGGAGCUCUACACUGUACUUGCACUAAUUGGUGUGGCGCAGAACGGCCUCCCGGCAAUGAACGUAGAAAUCCUCAGUCAGUUCCCCUCUCCACCCGUGCCCAACCUGCCGGCCUUGGCUAUGGCCAUGGCCCCCGUCAUGCCCCAGCACCAGCAGCCCAUGAUGACCCAGCCCCCUGUCUCCAUGGCAAUGCCCACACCAGCACCACCACCACCAGUCAUGGCCAUGACGCCUGCAGCUCCGACUCAAGCGCCCAAAAACACUAGUUUCAUCGCCAGUUUCCCUCCAGCACAGGUCAACAAAACAGACGACGAUGACUUCCAGGAUUUUCAGGAGGCCCCAAAAGCAGGAGGAGGGGACCCGGCUUUCAAUGAGUUUAAGGGGGAUUCAGGUGCAAACUUCCCCGCCACCAUCGCACCUCAGCAUCAAAACAGCGCUCCCGCCAUGCUGACUCCUGUGUCUGGUUCCUCCUCCGCCUCCGUCUCGGCCUCUGAUAAGUACGCCGUGUUCAAGCAGCUGUCUGUGGAUCCGCCUGCAGAGCCUACACCCCCUGCCUCAGAUUCUGGAGACAAAUACAGCGUGUUCAGACAGCUUGAGCAACCAGCUGACAAAAAAACAGUCGGGGAAGGAUUUGCAGAUUUCAAGUCUGUCAGCGCUGAUGAUGGCUUCACAGACUUUAAAACCGCCGACAGCGUCUCUCCACUAGACCCCUCAGAACAGGCCAAGAUCUUUCAACCUGCCUUUCCUUCUGCUUUCCCAAACUCUCAGUCUCUACAACAGCUCCCACAGCAGCAGCAGCAGCCAGCAGUGUCUCUAUCUCAGACCAAAAAUCCUCUUAACAUGGCCGACCUGGACCUUUUCUCUUCUAUAGCUCCCACUGUCCCUGCCCCCUCUGAGACAAAACCCACCACAUUCCCCUCAGUGUCUGUGCCCCCCUCUUUAGUUCUCCUACCAGGUGGAGCUAAACCUCCAGGGGGAGGAACAGAUGAUUUUGGUGACUUUGCUCUUUUUGGCUCCUCUUCUGAUGCUGCUCAGGCGCCCGCAGCAGGCGGAGCUGUGGCGGCCCCUCAGGAUGACUUUGCAGACUUCAUGGCGUUUGGCAGCUCUGGCGGGGAGCCUAAAGGCGAAAGCAGUGUGGGGGUCCAAGGGGAGACCUCGACUCAGCAGCGGCCUCAGCAGAGCUCAGACAAGUAUGACGUAUUCAAACAGCUGUCUCUGGAGGGGGGAUUGGCCUACGACGACACUAAAGAGAGCGGCGGCGGAUCUUUCUCUUCUCUUAAGAGCGAUACAGAUGACUUUGCCGACUUUCAGUCCUCAAAGUUCUGCACAGCACUCGGGGCUUCAGAAAAGACUUUGGUGGACAAGGUGUCAGCCUUUAAACAGGGCAAAGAGGACUCCACCUCCGUCAAGUCCCUGGACCUCCCGUCCAUCGGGGGGAGCAGCGUAGGAAAGGAUGACUCUGAGGACGCUCUCUCAGUGCAGCUGGACAUGAAGCUGUCGGACAUGGGUGGGGACCUGAAGCAUGUGAUGUCGGACAGCUCUCUGGAUUUGCCGGGUCUCUCGGCCCACCAGCCCCCCGCUACAGAAGGAGACGACAUGAAAUUUGACCCCUUUGGGACGUCGGCCCUCGGCACCCUGUCCAGCUAUGACUGGUCAGACCGGGAGGAAUGUCUGCCAGGUGAGGUCAGAAAGUCGCAGGGCUUUGAAGGAGCUUCUCUUCCAUCUUUAGCUCCCGCACAGAGGACGGAGCUGACCUUUGGCAGCACUGAAAACAUCACAGGCAGCUCUGCAGCAAAGAUCACCACCUCCCUCCCUGCAGACGACGGCUCCUCGACAGACGACAAGUUCGAAGCCUUCGCGGAUUUCGGCUCCAGUGACCAAGGAGGUGUCGAUGACGGGGACGACUUCGGGGACUUUGCAAGUACGAUAUCAGAGAAGUCUGACUCGCCCCCCGCCAGCGCUGAGGCGGGCUCCGAGGGGAAUCCAGGAGAGGCUUUGGAUGAGUUCGGAGCCUUCCAGGGGGACAAACCCAAGUUUGGGAAGUCUGACUUCCUGAAAGCGAGCGCUCAGCCCAAAGUCAAGUCCAGUGAGGAGAUGAUCAAGAACGAGCUGGCGACUUUUGACUUGUCUGUCCAAGGCUCCCACAAACGCAGUCACAGUUUGGGCGACAAGGAGAUCGGGCGUUCGCCCCCCUCUCCAGCUCCAGAACAGCCUUUCAGAGACCGGUCUAACACCCUGAGCGAGAAGCCGGUCCUGCCUGUCAUCAGGGACAAGUACAAGGACCUGACUGGCGAAGUGGAGGAGAGCGAGCGCUACGCAUACGAGUGGCAGAGGUGUCUGGAAAGCGCCCUGGAGGUCAUCACCAAAGCUAACAAUAUCCUGAACGGCAUCAGCAGCUCCACUGUCUGCACCGAGGUCAUCCAGUCUGCUCAGGGCAUGGAGUACCUGCUGGGUGUGGUGGAAGUGUAUCGUGUCACCCGGCGCGUUGAACUGGGCAUUAAGGCGACAGCAGUGUGCUCUGAGAAGCUGCAGCAGCUGCUGAAGGACAUCAGCCGUGUGUGGAACAACCUCAUGGGCUUCAUGUCGCUGGCCAAGCUCGCUCCUGAUGAAAGUUCCCUGGAUUUCUCCUCCUGCAUUCUGAGGCACGGCAUCAAGAACGCCAAGGAGUUGGCUUGCGGGGUGUGUCUGCUCAACGUAGACGCUCGCAGCAAGAACAAAGAGAGAAGCACAAUUGGACGUCUGUUUAAACGAGCUCUGACUAAAGACAAUGACAGGAGAGUAAGGGCGUUCAACUCGGAGACUGACAACUUCAAGCUGCUGUAUGGAGGCCAUCAGUACCAUGCCAGCUGUGCCAAUUUCUGGAUAAACUGCGUGGAGCCCAAACCCCCUGGCCUCAUACUGCCCGACCUGCUCUGAACAGGGUUAUAGCUAAUCAACAUCAGAUAGGUGGACUAACAACACCAUCACACUGCACAGGCUCUCACCUUGGACUGUGAGCGAAGAAAGGAUAUUAAAAACACUGGAUCCCGCUGUAUUUAUUUCUUGUUAUUCACAUUCUUCUCAUUUUGUUCACAAUUUUUCUCACUGAACUGCCACUCAUGCUUUGCUCAUGUCCAGAUCUGGACUCUGGUUCACAUUAAUCAACAAAUAAUUCUCCUUUUACAUGAAGAAAUAGUCUAUAUUAAUAAAAAAAAGUAUAGGAAGUGGCUUAUAUUUAUCAUAUAAUGUGUGCAGUAUCACUGACAAUAUUAGCAGAAGUCUAUAAACCUCAAAUUUUAAUAUCACUUGUUGCAUUUCCAUCUGUUUGGGAGGAAUUUUAUCCAUUAUCCUGUUUGUUCCCACUGAACCGGAGCUGUUGAAUCAAAAGCCUAUUACUGUACUUGAAUUACAUUCUUUGGUCCGGUCUGUUAGAAAAAAACUCUGCGGCUGCUCUUGUUUAAUAUCUUAACUUUCAUAUCUUAUAAACUAGGCAGGUGUCUACAUUUUAUGAAUUGUGUUAACUGCUUUGAUUGUUUUUUUGCACUGUUGUCAGGAUUUCUGCAUCUCUUUGGGUAUUUAAAUUGUGUAUUUUAUUGGGGGAAGAAAAGGUUGUGAUGUGUGGGACUUUAAGGGAAACAUGUAAACAGUUUUGUUUUUCUGUCUGUGUUGUGUUCAACUAGAGCUGAAGGUCCAGAAGAAGUUGACUGUGAUUUCUGAACUACAAUUGCAGCAGCACUUUUUGUAUGUUACAGUUUCAUGCUGUAGCAUUGUCAUAAUGACCAACUGUAAUGUGAAUGUGAUGUAAAUAAAUAUGCAUACAUCUUA